AUAAUUUGAUUUCCCCAAGUUUUAUAUUUGGUACACAUUUCCUAUUUAUAACUGCAAUUGCGAUAACUUCAUCGCUUUUUUCUCUCUUUCCUUCUAAUUUGAAUCUGGAGCCGAAUAUAAUCACCAAUCCAUUGUUGCAAUUUUCUUAAGCUGAUCUCACUAAACACCAGACUUUCCCAAAUAGCAGAAAAACCCUAGCUCAGUUCGGAUCUCAUCGUCAUGGGUGACAACACCGAUCCCUUCAUGCGCAACCAAAACGCCGCCGUUCGUGGCAAUACCAAGGGCCAGAACCGCGCUAAUGUUCUUCAGCUCAAACUGAUUGGACAAAGCCAUCCGACUGGUUUAACAGCCAAUUUGUUGAAGCUUUUUGAACCUCGACCUCCAUUGGAGUAUAAACCACCUCCAGAGAAGAGGAAAUGCCCACCAUAUACUGGCAUGGCCCAGUUUGUGAGUCAGUUUGCUGAGCCCGGGGAACCUGAGUAUGCACCCCCUGUACAAAAAGCCGAAACUCCAGCACAAAGGAGGGCUAGAAUUCACAAGUUACGACUAGAGAAGGGUGCAGAGAAGGCUGCUGAGGAGCUUCAGAAAUAUGAUCCAAAUAAUGACCCAAAUAUUUCAGGAGAUCCAUACAAGACAUUGUUCGUUGCUAGGCUUAAUUAUGAGACAACUGAGAGUAGAAUUAAAAGGGAGUUUGAGUCUUAUGGACCAAUAAAACGGGUCCGAUUGAUAACUGAUAAAGCGACGAGUAAACCUAGAGGAUAUGCUUUCAUCGAGUAUAUGCAUACUCGAGACAUGAAAGCUGCAUAUAAGCAAGCUGAUGGACGGAAGCUUGAUGGCAGAAGGGUGCUUGUGGAUGUUGAGCGCGGUAGAACUGUUCCAAAUUGGCGGCCUCGCAGACUAGGUGGUGGACUUGGAACUACACGAGUAGGUGGUGAAGAAGUCAACCAGAGGUAUUCUGGGAGAGAAGUACAGCAAUCAGGAGGAUCAUCUAGAUCUGAGGAGCCACGGGCACGAGAAGAUCGUCAUAUUGAACGGGAGAGGGAGAAAUCUCGUGAACGAGGAAGGGACAGAGAGAGGGAACGGGAGAAAUCUCGUGAGCGUUCCCAUGACAGGCCAAGGGACCGUGAUCAUAGAGAAGAUAGGCACAAUCGAGAUCGUGACAGGGAGAGGGACCGGGAGAGGGAGAGAGAACGUGGACGGGACAGGGAUCGUGACCGGGAUCGUACACGAGAUCGUGAUCGAGGUCGGGAUCGUGGUCGUGAAUAUGAACGCGACCGUGACAGAGACCGUGGUCGCGACCAUGAUCGUGAUCGCACUCGGGAGAGGGAGAGGGAUUAUGAAGUUGGUGAAAAUGAUCGUGGGCGUUCACACGAUAGGGAAUCCGAUUAUGACCGUGUUGAAUCGAAGCAUGAGAGGGAUCGCCGUUCUGAAAGGGACUAUGAGCAUGCUGAACCAGAGGAUGAUCGUGGUUGGUAUGAACAACCUGAACAGGGGCAUGGGCGGCAAGAUACAGAGGAUGAUCAGCGUUAUGAUCACUAUGAACAUCACCGAAGCAGAGGAAAAUAUGAUCACAUGGAUGUUCGAGGUGACCAUGACCGUUACGAGCAAUAUCCUGACCAUGAUCACGAUCGUUAUGAGCGAAUGGACCAGGAUGAUUACCAUUAUGAUCAUGGAACAUCAGAAUCACUUGACAGAGAAAAUGAAUAUCGGCGAUCAGAGAGGUCUCACUCACGGGAGUAUGAUAACUGAAAUUGCAAGUCUGCUGAAAUAUGCUGUUGUGCAUUACUGGUAAGAGGAAUUACGUUAACAGCUAUUGCCCUUUGUCUUUCUGUUUGAUUUGGUAUGAACUUUAUGAAUUGAAUGAAUGAAUUUUGUUGCAUAUUUUGAUCAAAAGCCAGAGUGCUUUCUGGUCUCUGGUUUAGAAAACGUUGGAUUAUUUUAUGUACGAGUUAAUAGGAUUGAAGGAUAUGUGGUUGUUUUUGCUUGUUUGUGUUUCUGAAUCCGAAAUGGAAAGACCUUGGCUUGUGUUCCAGAUUACAAUACCA